UCGCAUGCAAGCCAACUGCUUCUUCUUAAAAUAAAACUGCCACUGAACAGCAGCAACACUGCGGGUGCAAAGGAACUGCUAAAUUCUAUUGAAGAAAACAGACCCUUUUCACCAGCCAAGAUGUCGGACAGAAGCCCCUUUGAAACAGACAUGUUAACCCUUAACCGAUAUGUCAUGGAGAAAGGACGGCGGGUUAAAGGGGCCACAGGAGAACUGACCCAGCUGCUGAACUCGAUGCUCACUGCCAUAAAGGCCAUCUCUUCGGCGGUUCGAAAGGCAGGCCUUGCUCAUAUGUGAGUUGCACAGAACUGGGGAGGAUAAGAAUUGUUUUAAAUAUAAUGGGGGGGGGGGUGUGAGCAUUGGGAAUUCCUUAUUUUAAACACAGCAUGAAGCGUUUAAACUAAAUGGCAUGGCCAGAAUAGCAGUAUGGGAAUUCCAUGUGCCUGAAAUGAAAGAAGGCUAGUAUUGCAGUCAUGUUAAAUUACAGAAACUCCACAAUCAAAUGGUCACUGAUUUUAGUUUGGCCAAAGUUUUAAGAAUAACUACUGCAGCUAACUACUGACUGCUUUAAUAAUGGGAGUGGCAGCACCUGCAAUUACCUGUAUUACUAUUUACUUUAAAAAAAAUGGGAAUAGGCUGCUUUUCUCGUGUGCCCCAUUUCUAUUGCCAUCAAGGUCAAACAAGAAGGUCAAGCAGUUAAUUUGGCUUAAUCACAGUCUGAAGUGAUUGGAAUGGCACUGUCUUCAUUCAGCAUGGACGUACACGUUGGCUAUUGCAUGGAAACCCACUCUUAUAAAAUUCAUAUUAAAACGAGUGACUCAUUUCUUCAUCUCAUGCAUAAAUUUUAAAAAAGAAAUUGUCACCACAACUCUAAGUGGCACUAUACAAAAUGUGAGAACCUUGGAGAAUAGUAUACAAAACAUGCAGUUGUUGCGCAUCUUUAUUCAAAAGCAUAUCCCAUUAUGUUCAAUGGUACUUAACUCCAGUUGCUAGACUACAGUGCCUAUCAUUGCAGAUUACCAUUGGCUGGUGCUGACGUGAGCUGUAGUCCAACAACAUCUGAAGGAUAUCCCUUCUGGUUAAAGAGUUAUAAUUAACAUGAUGACAAUGUUAAAUGUAAGCUAGUAUAAAAACAGCUUUCAGAGAUUAUACUCCGAUUAUUAGUUUUGUUUGGUUGGCUCUCCCAUUAGGCUGGAAAAAUAUCGCCAAGGAGAAUCAUUGUUACACAGUAAUUUUAACUGUUCCUUACUUUUUUCAGCAACAGUUAUAUAUGGAGGUUUCCCCACUAGGAAUUUUGUGUGGAAUUGUCAUCCUUCGUUUAUUCCAAGGGAACCCUAUCCCAUCAUUGUAAUCCUGUGUUUUAGCUGUGACUCUUCCAUCUGUCAUGCUCAAGAGCAGGGGUCGGCAACCUAAGGCCCAAGCGGCCCAUGGGGGUCGUUUAAUCGGCCCAUGGACCCCCGCCGCCCACUCGGUCGGCUCCCACGCUCCGCGCUAAACCAGCGAGGAACAGAGCAGGGACUGCCUUCCCUGAUGCUGGCCAGAUUCCCAUAGGGUGCAGGAAGCUCCUGCAGCCAAUGGGAAGCUGCGCAUGCCUCCUCCGCGCUGGAAGGAGCACCGGAAAUAGCAUUUGCGCAUGUGUGCGCGCGCACACUCUGGCUCACUGCAGCGUCUGCGGGACCAUGAACCAGCCCAAGCCACAGAAACUUUGCCGACCCCUGCUCUAGAGCUUUUUUUGCCCAAGCUUUUUUUGCCCAAGAGAGCAGAGUUCAAGAUGCAGCAUGAUCUCAGCAAGCCAAACUCAAGGGAACUCACUCUGAAACUCACCUACAGAUGGUACUUAACACCACAGGAACUGGCGCUGAUACGCCCAGGAACCUCACCAAGAUGUUGGGGAGGCUGCACUUCCACAUGUACCUACCUCCACAUGUGGCGGGAAUGCCCUAAAAUCCAACCCUUCUGGACAGCAGUCCUACAAGAGAUAUGCAAAAUAACGAAACACGUAUUGGAACUUACCCCAGAACUGGCCCUACUGAACACCUUCCAAGAUCAUAAUGACCAUUCACAUUAUACAGAGCUUAUAACUCACCUACUCUCAGCAGCCAGCAGCCUCAUAGCCAGACAUUGGUGACACCUGUCAGAAGUAAACCUGAACCAAUUACUGUCUGGGAAAUGAACUUGCUAGAAAAGCUAACCAAUAAACUGAAAUUGACACAGGGACAAUAGAAGAGGAUACCUUCACCCCAGUAUGGCUCCCCUUUAUCACAUACACAGCCCAUCAAGACAACAAGAAGAAUUCACCGACAGCAUACGAAUCAAUCUGGCUUACCUGACCCAACAAGCCCCCCCCACUCACAAAUGCAAAGAAACCCCAUUGCAGCCAACCACACCCUGCCCCCCAAUCCCUCUCACUAUCAAGGAAAUGUAAUAAAUGAAUAGAAAGAGAACCUACCUAGUUGACACUGACACAAAUCCCCAAACAUACACUAUAGAAAAGAAUAUAAGCCUCACCCCCCUCUUCUUCCCCCAACCUUAUACUGAGCCAGUGUGGUGUAGUGGUUAAGAGCGGUAGUCUUGUAAUCUGGGGAACCGGGUUCGAGUCUCCGCUCCUCCACAUGCAGCUGCUGGGUGACCUUGGGCCAGUCACACUGAAGUCUCGCAGCCCCACUCACCUCACAGAGUGUUUGUUGUGGGGGAGGAAGGGAAAAAGAGAUUGUUAGCCGCUUUGAGACUCCUGAAGGGGAGUGAAAGGCGGGAUAUCAAAUCCAAACUCUUCUUCUACUACUCAGCACUGAUGUCUCACUACAGUCAUACCUUGGAUUACAGAAGCUUCAGGUUGCGUUUUUUGUGUUACGGACUGCUGAAACCCAGAAGUACCGGAACGGUAUACUUCCGGGUUUUAGUGGUCACGCAUGCGCAGAAGCGCUAAAUUGCACUUUGUGCAUGCGCAGAAGCGCCAAAUUGCAACCCCCACGUGUGCAGACAGGCAGCUGCAGAUUGCGAAUGUGCAUCCCGCAGAUCACAUUUGCAACACGAGUGUCCACUGUACAGUGGUACCUUGGGUUAAGUACUUAAUUCGUUCCGGAGAUCUGUUCUUUACCUGAAACUGUUCUUAACCUGAAGCACCACUUUAGCUAAUGGGGCCUCCUGCUGCUGCUGCUGCUGCUGCGCUGCCGGAGCACGAGUUCUGUUCUCAUCCUGAAGCAAAGUUCUUAACCCGAGGUACUAUUUCUGGGUUAGCGGAGUCUGUAACCUGAAGCGUAUGUAACCUGAGGUAGCACUGUAUUUGUAAGAAAGACUGUACCACCUGAAAAAAGGCAUGAGCUUUUGUAAACCAAGAAAAUCUUCAAUAAAAAUAAAUCUUAAAAAACAAGCCAAACUCAAGCACAGAGAAUCAGUCUAGGGCCAAAGCAUUAUCCGGAAGCAAGGCUAGAAAACCCCCCCAUCAGGGAGCUCAGCCAGGCAGGGGAACUGUAAGCAGAAACAAAGAACCAGAAAACUGCAUUGUUUCCAGCAAAAGGAAGACUCUAGGAGGCCUUAAAUACUUCCUAAACCACUCUCUAGCCACAGCAGCUAACUGUGAAGGACCAUCAGGCACUCCUUGCUCUUGAGUAAACCCCAUACUCAGGGGUAGACUGGUAACUCUGGGUCUGUAGACAUUUGCACUGUGCUCUUUGGCCUUUUCCUGAAGUUGUUGACACGGUGCUUUCAAGGACUAGGGCUUAUUCUACCUCCUCUUUUGACAGCUCCAGGGGUUCCUUGUCUGGUAACGACCUAGAGAUCCCUCAGGGGGAUCCAGAACACUGGAUUUAGGGGGCUCUCUCUGCUCCUCAAGGUUCUGGACCUAUGGGGAGUCUGGUUCAUCUUUUACCAGACAGCAAAAUAUCUGUGACUUCCCCCCACCCCCAAGGAACUGAAAUAGUAGAAGAAUCUCCACAAGUUUACAUACCUUUAGCACAACUUCUGUCUUUUUAAAAGGGUGGGUUUUUUUACAUGGGCACCGAUGUAUCAGGAAAGAGAACCUAUCGCAGAUCAGCCACACAUAUUCAUUAUUUGUAAACAGUGGUUUAAGCUUUUAGGAUGAGCCCGACAUUAUCAUUCUGCAUUGUUUUUAAUUGUAUUUUAACACUCUUGCAGUUUUGUAUGUACACCACCCCGGCUCUAUAUUUUAUUUAAUAUCUAUAUGGCAUUUGCAAUGGGAGCCAUUUUAUGAGCCAAUUUUUAAAAGCAACUUUUUAAUUAUGGCUAACACUUUUCUGGCUAUACAGUAGUCAUAAGUGUGUGUGCCAGAGGUGUUUAGUAAUAAUUAAAAAUUUGGUGAAACAAAUAAAGCAGCACCUACCUCAGGGUUUGUAGUGGAUGUGUGAUGAGCUUCAAAUUGCCCCAUCCUUAGCAUAAGUAGAAUGUACACGCAGGAUCUCAAUACCGUGGAUUGUCAAUGGCAAUUUUGCUUUCAGCUUACAGUGGAAGAGCAAAGGCGAAGUAAAAUAAGUCCUUGUGAAGAGAGAAGCAGGAUUGCUAAAACCUAACUCAAUACAGGUGUGCACGUUGAGUUGAAUGCCUGCAUAAACUUGAUGCCAUAAAGCCAACACCUGCAGGGCUUACUUCAUGGGAUCGUGACCUCUAUUUCCCCAAGGUUUGCAAAAGUUCAAAGAGUCGUACAGUUGUAUAUGCUAGGGACAUUCAAGUGAACAAGUCAUGUGUGAAUCCACUUUCCCUGCCAUACAUUUAUAAUGGCGUUUGCCCACCCCUUCCUUGUCUCUAAAAUAUUAUGAACACUUCCAAAUGAAGUACUAUUAUCUGUUUGUUUUUAGAAAUCUGUAUGCUGCCCUUCAAAAUUUUAUUCCAGGGCAGGGUACAACAUAUUUCACAAUUAAAAAAUAAAACAAUAAAAUAUGCACAUGAAAACACUAGAGCAGAGUGAAGUCAUAAGCUGGAAGCUUGUGAAAGGAAGUAGAUACCGUAUUUUUCGCUCUAUAAGACGCACCAGACCACAAGAUGCACCUAGUUUUUGGAGGAGGAAAACAAGAAAAAAAAUAUUCUGUAUCUCAGAAGCCAGAACAGCAAGAGGGAUCGCUGCGCAGUGAAAGCAGCAAUCCCUCUUGCUGUUCUGGCUUCUGGGAUAGCUGCGCAGCCUGCAUUCGCUCCAUAAGACGCACACACAUUUCCCCUUACUUUUUAGGAAGGAAAAAGUGAGUCUUAUAGAGCAAAAAAUACGGUACCUCUAGUGAGAAAUGAAUACAUGUUGAAGACUAAUCAGUCAGGCGGCCAAAUUGUUAUUGUGCUGUUGUUAUUACUCCAUAUUUUCUAUUUUAAUUUCCAGGACAGAGGCUUCCAUUUCUCUCCCACAAUAUUUUUUUAUCUGUUAAGAUUGCAUUGUCUCUGCUCACUCACACAGAAACUAUUGUUAUCAUGUUUAGACUCUCAGGUCCAGCUCACUGAAUCAAUGGUGAUGUGUCAGUCUUCACGUCCUAAGCCUGCUUACCCGAAAUCAAAUCAAUAAGGCUGUCCUCUGAGUGCAUAGGAAAGGGCAUAGAAACUUCUAUUUAAGCUUUCUUCUGCGGUAUGAGGAGAAUAUUUUAUCACUGAUAGUUGAUUCAUGUGCUAUUAGCUCCAUACAGCCAUUGCAUCAUGAUUGUAAUUCUCUCUUGACGGUGUUGUGCAAAUACAGAUUAGGAUCACCCAUGUAUCGUGGGGAUUAUCCUCAGGCUGUCAAGCAAAAUAAAACUAUAGUGUAUUGCUGUAACUAGCAUCCAGCUGAGUUUUCUGAACAUAUGAGUUCCAACACAGGUUUUAAUUGGUAUUUAUCACUAGUAAAAGGUUUGGGAAGUCCUUAUAAAUCUGAGACAAUUACAUGAGGGACAGUUUGAGUCAUGUCAGUGUGAAAGUCAAGUAAAAGGGAAUAGUAAGGAAAUAAUGUAAAACAGUAUUGCAGUAUGAUAUGUACUUUUCGGUGUUCCCUUAUUAUAAUAACGAAGCCCUUUCCUAUAGGUUCGGAAUAGCUGGCACUGUGAAUGUGACUGGGGAUGAACAGAAGAAGCUUGAUGUUUUAUCUAAUUCUCUGGUUAUUAACAUGCUACAGUCCUCGUACAGCACAUGUGUCCUGGUCUCAGAGGAGAAUAAAGAAGCUAUUAUUACUCCAAAAGAUAAAAGGGUCGGUACACAUUCAGAUUGACUGGGAAGAGGGGCUGUUCUCUCCCUUUAGCAGCAGAUGGCACAAUUGUAUUUCUGAAGAGAAAAGAAGUUGUUUGCCUGAUUACCUGAAAGAUGCUAAACACAACUGCAUACCAGAAAGGGAGACAGAUUUAAUAAAAGGAAACUGAGCAAUGGGGGUCAGUGUGAUUAUGAAACUGAAUGAAGUGAUAAGUACAUGAAAUCAUGGGAAUUGAAGGUACCUCUCAGAAAACUAUAAUUCACAGGGUUCUGGGGAGGGUGGUGAAGGCAUGAAAGUUAUACCAGUGUAUUUUAGUAUAAUACAAAAUUGUUUCAGUGCGUAGUACUCCAGCCAGAUUUGAAAGAUUAAGAGAGAGAAAAGAUUUUUAUUUGCUUUUCUUUUCAUUUGAUUUGUUCCUCCUCUUUCAGGGUAAAUAUGUCGUGUGCUUUGAUCCACUGGAUGGCUCUUCCAACAUAGACUGCUUAGCUUCGAUAGGAACUAUAUUUGCUAUUUACAAGAAGGUGAGUUGAGAAAUGGAACAAAACGGGGGUUCAGCCCUCUUCCUCCCCACCCCCCCUAAAUGCAUGAUGUCUAUGACAAAAGUGUGUAUCACUAAAUGCAAGCAAAGUGUGAAAUAGACUAUGAAUUGAAAGUGGAGACAAGGGAUGUACCUCUCCCUCUUUAUUUGUUUUGUAACACAAAAAAAACCCUUUAAUAAAAACUAUUUUUAAAAGAUGGGAGUUUGGUAGAAUUUAUUCCCAGAAAGUGGGUAUGAGAUUGCAGCUUCAAGUCUCAAAGCAAUACUACAACAUUAUUAAUAGGGGUAUGGAAUGUAAAAAUAUGGUGAUUCUCUAAUUAUUAUUUGUUAAAGACAUUAGUAACUUGGCAGCAUUUUUUUUUUAUAUCUUCGCUAUGCUGUGGGUAUCCAAAUAAAUAGUUUUCCUUGCAAAAGCCAUACAUAUACUUGCUAACUCCAUGCUAAUGAUACAGAAAAUUACCCCUAGAACUUGAAUCUCAACAACAACCCUAUAAGGUUGGUUUGGAUGAGAGGCAGUGAUCGGCUCCAGAUUGUAUAUUAAUUUCCUAAGAUUCAGAAAAAAAUCACCACAAGAUGAUUAGGUGAGAAAAUGGGCUUGUGAAAGGGGUUUCCAUGUGGCAUGAUUGGAAGUUAAGGUGCCCUGGAAAAUGCUAGAACUAUUAACAAUAUUCUGAAGUUUGAACAGCAACAAAAAGAUUUUAACAUGUACAGAAGCAUUGUGAAUUGUUUCCAAGAGUGCUUCAUUAGAUGAAUAUUCUAUUGCCACUAGCUGCCAGUUAGAUACUGGGCUAAGUUCAAGCUGUUAGUACUGCUGUACAAAACCCCAUACAGCAGCCGAUCCAUUCUGUACAAUGCAAGAAUUGGGCCUUUAGUGUGGUGGCACCUAGCCUUUGGAACCUCCUCCCACUGCAUAGCAGACAGGCACCCUCUUUACUCUUUUUGGCACCUGUUGAAGGCCUUCCUUUUCCAACAAGUCUUUUAUCCCAGCCUAUCUACAUAUUGGAUUUGAAAUGGCUUUCAUUGCUCCUGUUUUUAUUAUUAUUAAAUCGCUGUGGGAUGAUUCAUGGGAAGCAAUUGGUGAGUGAAAUAAAUAGAUAAAAAUAACACUGUCCGUUUACUGGCAUUUUAUAACUACUGCUGGAUGUGCCCCUCCUGUGGUUCUCCAUUUGCAGUUUGUCACUGAAAUUAUCACUCGAGAUCCUCUUACAAAAAUGCCCCCAAACUCUAUCUCGUUAUAUCAGGUGUCGAUACAAAGCUUUCACAAGGGCCUGUUGUACAAUGUGCGCCAUAACUAGGAGAGAGUCCUAUUUGAAUUUGUGGUUUUAUUUUUCUUCUUCUUCAAAUGCGUUUUAAUAAUAACAGCAAAAUACUUGAGAUUUGAGUACAACCAUCACUUUCCCCUUAGACAUCAGAAGACGAGCCUUCCGAGAAAGAUGCCUUGCAGCCGGGGCGCAACAUCGUCGCAGCCGGCUAUGCUUUGUACGGGAGUGCAACCUUGGUAGCCCUUUCCACGGGGCAAGGAGUGGACUGCUUCAUGCUGGAUCCGGUACCUGUGCAAACAUUCCUUACUAAUACUAUUUUCUGCCACCCUCUCGUAUUCAUAUGAAAUUCACCCCACCCUUUCAGCAUGCAGAGUGUAGCUCCCUUGCUGGCCACUCAUUUUGAGUGAUUGCAUUGCUUCCUGCCCUCACUUUGCAUCACGCUAUCAUCGUAGCGAGAGUGUAAUCCCUUGUUAGGUAGCUAGAAGAACAACUAAAUUAUGUCAGCAGCGAGAAGGAGGAAUUCGGUAGAGAAAUGCUGCUCAAGUCUCAUCUGAUGGGUGCUUCAAACAAGUUGCAAAAAAAGUAACGGAAAGGGUGAGGGCGGUUGAGAGUCAGGAGAUAUCUGUCAAUUUGACAAAUUGACAGACAUAAUAAGACAAAAACCAAAAAGUGAAGUAAAAAAAGAAUGGGGGUGCCUAAAUGAAUACCUCAAAAGUCAAGGUUCAAGGGCAGAAAUCUGGCUGAGUCUGGAAUAACCUUGUGAAGUGAAAGGAUAUGAAAGAAGGAUUUAUAUCUAGAUGUUAGGAUAGAGAUGAUAAAGAAAACAGGAAAACAGGAAGACACAAUGAGAGAUAAAGGAGGUGCUGUGGGAUUGGUGGAAGUCAAUGUCUUGUUGUUGUUGUUUUAGUGUUUACAAUAUUAACUUGUAAGAUAUGGAUUUGUUUUUGUUGUUUUGUUUUUGUUGUUUUGUUUUUGUUGUUUUGUUUUUAGUUGUUUUGUUGUGUGGAAAACACUAAUAAAAUUCAUUUUAAAAAAAGAGAGAGUCAGGAGAUAUCUGAGCGCCCUUUAAAGCCCUCUUUGUCCACAGCAAAAAAGCAAAUGUUACAAAUGCACUGUAAGUUUCCUGGACUCUGUUUUUGAAAAGGAACUCAUAUUGCAAUCCCAUGCAUGUUUAUUCGGAAGGGUGUUCCAUUGGUCUCAUACCCUGGCAGGUAUAUUUAGGAUUGCAACCAAGCCUUAUUACUCUUUGAAAGAGUAGGGAGCAUGUAACUGUAUAUUAGGGUCGUAACUGGACAAGCCUCAGAACGUCAAGGAAGUAAACGCAUGGCAUUUAUGACUCGUGACAUCCUUUAACUAUUCUGCAGGCUCUCGGCGAGUUCAUUCUCGUGGAAAAAGACGUAAAAAUCAAGAAGAAAGGGAAAAUCUACAGCCUCAAUGAGGGCUAUGCCAAGUACUUUGAUCCUUCAGUGACAGAGUAUUUACAAAAGAAGAAAUUUCCUGAGGUAAUAUACCGUUUUAUUGCAACUCUAUCAUGCUACUGUCUGUGAAACUGGGCAAAUCUCAUCAUCAUUAUACGUAAAGCACAGUUUACGCUGGGAUACAUUUUACGUGGGCAUAGCUAGUUUUUGGAUUGACUGUUGUUAAGCUUUUUUUGACAGAUUGCCCCCAAAAGUUGUUGAGCUUUUUGGGGGGAGAUCAUGGGUAACAGAACAUUACAGGGGGCAGGCUUCUGCUGGGGGGGUGGGAGCAGAACCUCAGUUAAUUUAGUAUUUUAAAUGCAGCUCCCUCCCCCCCCCCCGGGAUACAUCCAUGUCAUUUUAUCAUCCGGUACCAUGGAAAUCCUACACCAUAACAAUUGCUAUUUCCUUUGAGAGGGAAUGUGGCAUGGUGCCAAUGGAAGCUUGCGGGUGAGGAUUAUUCACCAGGGUGGGAUUCAGGGGAAAGGUUGCAAUCUUGAUUUAGAUCCUCCAUGGCUGUUAUUUUUAAAGCAAAAGGCAAGAUACAUUAAAUGCACAUAUGAAUUUAACGUCUCAUCUUCCUUGCCUGCUUCUGCUCUAUCUGGCUAUACCAGGGGUCAGCAACCUAAGGCCCAUGGACCGGAAGCGGCCUGCGGAGGCCAUUUUACUGACCCACGAGCCGCCCCCGAACUGAGUUGCCCGCUUGCGCGCUGCGCUAAACCAGUGCAGCGUGGGGACUCAUUUUCGAGGCGCCGAAAAUUGUGUCUGUGCAGAUGCCGAAAAUCGGGGGGGGGGCGCUCACACACACAUGUGAUUCGGCCCACGGAGAGAUCUCUGUGGGACUGAUCCAGCCCAGGCAAGAUAAACCUUGCUGACCCCUGGGCUAUACCUUCCUAUACCAGUCCCAGGCACUUCCCAGCAGUUCCCUUCCUCUUCCUGUAACCUAGGUUGUUACAUUUCCCUAUCCUUGGGAACUAGGUGAGUCGAACAUUCAAGUCAAUGUUGACACCAAACCACAGAAGCGAAUAUAGAACCAUGUGUAUUUAAAUUGCAAAGUCAGAAGCUUGAAAUAUGAAAAUGCAGAAAGUGCACUCACUUUGCAGGUGAAAUAGCUGUAUAUGCUAUUAGCAUAGCUGUCAACUUCUCCCUUUUCUUUUCCUGUUCGGAAUAAGGGAAUUUCCCUUAAAAAAAGGGAAAUGUUGACAGCUAUGGCUAUUAGACGCGGGUGGCGCUGUGGGUAAAACCUCAGUGCCUAGGACUUGCUGAUCGUAAGGUCGGCGGUUCGAAUCCCCGCGGCGGGGUGAGCUCCUGUCGUUCGGUCCCAGCUCCUGCCCACCUAGCAGUUCGAAAGCACCCCUAAGUGCAAGCAGAUAAAUAGGUACCGCUUUAUAGCGGGAAGGUAAACGGUGUUUCCGUGUGCUGCGCUGGUGCUGGCUCGCCAGCUGCAGCUUUGUCACGCUGGCCAUGUGACCCGGAAGUGUCUUCGGACGGCGCCGGCUCCCGGCCUCUUGAGCGAGAUGAGCACGCAACCCUAGAGUCGGUCACAACUGGCCCGUACGGGCAGGGGUACCUUUACCUAUGGCUAUUAGACUCGAUUCAAACAUACGAAGCUCCUCAAUCUGUGCAAAAUAAUUGCACACUUGUGGUUCCUAUCUCUCCCAGAGGACCACAUUCUCUUCCCUUAUCUCUCACUGACGCUAAAAGGGUGCACUUUAACUGGGGACAAACUGGAUCGCAGCGAGAGAGGUCAGAACAUGGGUUGUUCCCUUUGGUAUGGGCAGAUUGCAAGAUGCUUGCAACGUAAGAUGUCUGCAUCAGAAGCCUCAGUUAUUUGCACUCAAAUCUACUUUAAAUAGAAGGGAACAAAAGUCAAUGUUGUCGUAUUUGUUGAUUUGAGAGUUCUUAAGAUGUGUCUGCAAAUGAAGACCCAUGACAACAUGUGGCAGAUAAGGGCAGGCAAAGGAAAGAGUAAGGUGCUUAGUGGAGAUUAAAACAUUCCUAUACAAAGGCAGCUUCACUUAGCUUCAGCUGGAAAGGAGUGAGGCAGCAAAACAGUCACAGCCUUCCAGCCACUGAAAAUACCAGUACAAAUGGUGACGUGUUAUGUGUGUGUCCAAUUGACACAUGACUGCCGAUGUGCGGGUCCUUUUGAACCCAGAAGAGGGCAGAAUGGGCUUAUGCUUGCUCUGCCAACAUGUGUGGGGGCCAGGAACAGAACCUCUGCGCAAAAUGUUAACUGCCUGCACUCAGGAAGCCUGCAUUCACAUGGCUGUUUAUUCACAGCUUUCCCCUAACUGUUAAGUUCUGCAUUAUAUUUGAGCUUUAAAGGUAAAGGGACCCCUGACCAUUAGGUCCAGUUGUGACCGACUCUGGGGUUGCAGCGCUCAUCUCACUUUAUUGGACGAGGGAGCUGGCGUACACCCAUGUCCCUUUGAUUUGAGCUUUAACAGCAUGCAAAAACUGCUUCUGGAACUAUAGUGGGAUGUAGUGCAAGUUUAGGACUCACUUCCAUGUUAUUUGCUUUCAGAGAAAAAACCUGUUUGUAAAUAAUAUAGAUAUCAGGAGUGCUUUUUUUUCUGGGGGGGUACGCAGGGAUACGCAUACCCCUAAACAUUUUGUGAAUCUUUGCACUUUUGUCCAUUUACUGUAUUUAUUUUUCCCAAUUUGAACUUAAAAAUGGUGAUUUUCUUGAGUCAAAAUGGGAGUUCACCUAAACAUUUUUGUAGAAGAAAAGCACUGGAUACCAGUACUAAACUUGCAUUCUAUUCCACUAUAGUUCCAGCUUUGGCUUUUACAUCAUAUGAAAGCUCAAAUAUCAUGCAGAAGUUAACAGUUAGCAGUUUAUUUGACUGCAGCCCAACUGUUCUCAAGGGACAGCCCUGAUUUUUAUGGAGCAGCCUCCCCACCCGAGAAAAAACAACAACCCCCAGAACUGUCCUUGUGCUUAAUGAACCACAAUUUAAAAAAUAAUUUUAGGUAGAAAAGAACUAAGUAGCAUUUCCUUAGUAUCAAGUAUCAAUGGUAUGUUGGUGUUGCUCUAGCAAAUACUAACCUAAUAUUUAUGUGUCAUACAAAAAUAACUCAAGAUCUAUGGUAGAAAACUUCCUGCUAGUACUGUAAUGGUUAAGUACUGAAGCAACGACACCCUUCCUGCUCUUUGCAUCUAUAUUUUCUUUGGAAUGCUCUAAACUCAAUACAGGUAUUACCUGAUUCUGCUUAUGAAAUAACCUAUUGUGUUAAAGCCAGUGCAACAAAUAAAAGAAAAAUAAAGAGGUAUUGGUACUCUGUAUUGGGUAAUGACAUCACAAAAAUAACCAAGUAAAGCUAUAUGUUAACAAUUUUCUAAGCUUGUCACACUGAAUAUUUUUUUAUUUAUUAAUUUGUUCGUUAGAUUUCUUAAUGGCCCUCCAGUCACAUGGAUCCCAGGCUGGUUAACAAGGCAGUAAUAAAACAUGAAAAAUCAAAAAGCUAUUAAAAUAACACAGCAGAGUCUAUCAACAAGCAUAAAGCAGGACUUAACAAUGGGCAGGAUUCUCCUACAGGAUUGUCAAUUUACACAACCAACUCUUAAGUAUAUUUACUUGAAAGCAAAUAUCACAUUUUUAAAUUGGGUUUCCUCCAAAUUAAGCGUACCUGGGUUUGCUGUCGUCAAGACAGAUGUAAUGCAAAACCAUAGUUUACUUUUACAUAAUGAGCUUUAGAAUUGUGAACUCUCCCUUCCUUCCUGCUAUAGUCCAGGCCUAAUUAAAAUAAAAAUAAAAAUCAUUAAUUCACUCCCCACUCCUUUCUCCUCCUUUUUCUCAUGACAGAGGAAGAGAUCAAAAGCUUCUUUUGAAGUUUUAAAGUAACCAGAGAGCCUCAUGUCCAAACUUGAGAAUCUAUAGGUUCCCCAAGUUUGGACUUAAAUGAGAUUUAUGGUUAUUUUAAAGGUUUAAAAAGGAGAUGUUUCCUUUUUCUCUUCUGGCAUACACCAGAGCAGUGGAAAGAAAUGAGAAACACACAAGCGUGAGUUGCACUGUGACUCAUACACAAAACACUUCUUAAACCAUAGCUUAGCUUUACCUCCGAACCUGCCAUUGGGGUUCCAAGACCAUGACCUCCAAUUGCCCUUGUAAAUUUGGUGUUCUUUUUAUUCUAAUCUGAGGAUAUCCCUUUAAAUAAAUUCCUUGCAUCAUCCCCCGCCCCCAUAGUGAGAUCAUAAUGAUUUCAUUGCUAGCUGAAUGGAUUGAGGUAAAAUUAGCCUUAUGCAAAAUGUAUAAGCACUCUUUAGACUGGAAAGGAUAUUGUUUGUGCUGUAAUGCAUUACAGUAACUUACAGUUUCUUGGAAACAGAGAAGUGGGUUUGAUUUUGUAGAAACCCGAACUGCUUGGCACAGGUUUCAAAAAGUAAGCAGUUGAGUAGGAUACAGGCACUUCUGUUUUAUCCUGUCUUAUUUUUGUAAACUCCGGGUACAUUUGUCAGAACAUGACCUGAAAACCUGACAUUUAAAAUCGACUGCUUGUGCAAUUUGUAACAAACAAAAAGAGCAAGCACAAAACAAAUCAAGGAAGUGACAUCACUCUGUCACCAUGCUACCUAUAUUUCAAACAUGGAAUCAUACUGCGGAAUCCAAUGAUAGUUCAGUUGUGUUCCCUAACUUGCUCUCAUGAAUAUCAGUUCAACUGCCGUAAUUCAUAUCCAGUAACAAAAUGAAGCAGGUAGACGUAAACACGGGCCACGGGUGGCGUUGUGGGUUAAACCACAGAGCCUAGGACUUGCCGACCUAAGGUCGGCGGUUCAAAUCCCCAUGAUGGGGUGAGCUCCCGUUGCUCGGUCCCUGCUCCUGCCAACCUAGCAGUUCAAAAGCACGUCAAAGUGCAAGUAGAUAAAUAGGUACCACUCCGGCGGGAAGGUAAACGGCGUUUUCGUGUGCUGCUCUGGUUCGCCAGAAGCGGCUUAGUCAUGCCACAUGACCCGGAAGCUGUACGCCAGCUCCCUCCGCCAAUAAAGCGAUAUGAGCGCCGCAACCCCAGAGUUGUCCGCGACUGGACCUAAUGGUCAGGGGUCCCUUUACCUAGAUGUAAACACACCCUGUACAAACCAGUUUAAGAUGGUGCUAUUUAGAAUUUGAGCUAUAUGAGAAAGCAUUUAUUUGAAAUGUUAGAACCUUAAAAUCUCUAAGUAGCUGUCAGGGAACUGCCAUCAGUGUCCGAGGGAGAGAGCAAGCUCCAAAGGGAUCCCAGAGAGUGUCCCAGGAUUGGGAGAGGCAGCCCGUCUUCUGGGGAAGAGAAUCAGCAUAGCUUCAGUGGUGAAGGGGGGCAGAUGGGGGAAUCGGCGAGGCGGUCCCAUGACUCCUUGCCGGGGACCAGCGGGGAGAGGAAGGGUCCUCCGCUGCCUACACCCUCCUUGCGCAGAAGGCUUCCGUGCAGGGAGAGUAGGAGGAGACUUGGCGUCAAGGAGCUUCUUUGCUGGAAGAAGUUUAAGAAACGCCCACUGACGGAUUCUGCCAGUGAUUGAGACAGUCACGGGCGAGUGGCUGUCCGGACAGGAAAGGUUCACUCAGGCAACCCAGCCAGGUGUUGGCACAGGCUUACGCACAAGCAACCCCUAGAACCAUUACAGUAGCCAAUAGGGUUGCUACCUUCUCUCGUCCUUGCCACCACCCGUCUCCCAGUAAGUCAUAUUAUGUCAGAGUUAAACAGAUGCAGUCCUCCCAGACAUUUCAUUGCAAAGUUAUUGUAGAACUUUGGUCAGGAAACCAGGUGGCAACUCUCCUUGUUCCACAAUCAUCAUGAUCACAGGGCUUCCUGUUAAUGGUGAUCAGAUGCUUGCUUUUCGUUAGAGCUGCAGACAGCUCAAGCAUCAAUCACAGGGGCGGGGGGGGAAGAAUCAUUAGGGCUAAAGAUAAAGGUAAAUGGACCCCUGACCAUUGGUCCAGUCGUGGCCGACUCGGGGGUUGCGGCGCUCAUCUCAUUUUAUUGGCCGAGGGAGCCGGCGUACAGCUUCCGGGUCAUGUGGCCAGCAUGACUAAGCCACUUCUGGCGAACCAGAGCAGCGCACGGAAACGCCGUUUACCUUCCCGCCGGUGUGGUACCUACCAUGUUUUUCGCUCUAUAAGAUGCACCAGACCACAAGACGCACCUAGUUUUUGGAGGAGGAAAACAAGAAAAAAAUAAUUCUGAAUCUCAGAAGCCAGAACAGCAAGAGGGAUCGCUACGCAGUAAAAGCAGCAAUCCCUCUUGCUGUUCUGGCUUCUGGGAUAGCUGCGCAGCCUGCAUUCGCUCCAUAAGACACACGCACAUUUCCCCUUACUUUUUAGGAGGGAAAAAGUGAGUCUUAUAGAGCAAAAAAUAUGGUAUUUAUCUACUUGCACUUUGAUGUGCUUUCACCCCGUCGCGGGGAUUCGAACCGCCGACCUUCUGAUCAGCAAGUCCUAGGCUCUGUGGUUUAACCCACAGUGCCACCCUCGUCCCUCUCAUUGGGGCUAGCACCAUGUAAAAUUCUGGAACUGGGACUUCUUGAAAAUUUCAUGCCACAUGGCUGAAUUUUCCACCUUCCCUGUGUCAAGCACACAGUCCAGCUUAAGUAAGUAAUCUGUACUCAAAGCUAAUGAAUUGUUUAAAAGCAGGAGGUCAUUGAAUCACAAUUACUGGAUUCACUGCCUGAAAGCCACCGAGCUGAGUUUCAAAAUUCUUUAAAUGCCUGGCUGCUCUUUUGGCCCCUCAUUGUAAGAGUUUCAUCUUUUAAAAGUAAAAAUGGUUCCCAGGUGCUGCUGGGGAAAUCUUAUGGCCAAAAAAGAAUGUUUCCUAUGCAAGAAGCCAUUAAAGGAAUUGAAACUCCAUCAGAUGUCCCUGUAACCCCAAUAUCUCAAAUAACCUUUGAAGCCUCUUGUAACAGCUGUGUAUGUUGCUGACUUAUAGGAGACUGGUAUCUAUGAAGGGAAGCGGAACAUGCUGCUCUGCUGCUCACUGCAGAAUCAUUUCUUUUGAGUUUUAUGGCUGGUACUUCCUCCUUAAAAUGCAGGUGCAAAGCCAGGGAACUCAAAAGCUGAGAACAAGUAACAGUACUUUCUUGGUUUUAAGCAAGAGCACAAUAGAUGGAACCAAGAAGCUUUCUCAUGUUGCGGAAUCUACCCCACAAAAUGUGGGUAGAUGACUCCUAUUAGGAGCACUUAAGAAAUGUUUGAUUGAGUGGCAUCACAGAGAACAAUACACUUCUAGGAUUCCAAGCAGAAGGAGACAAGUUACUACAUCAAUUAUGACAAUUCACACUAUUGCUUUUUCAGGAAAAGAACACUAAAUCCUUCCAAGUUUGUCAGGUAGCAUCAAUUCCCUUUGUCAUCUGAAAGGGAAAUUGAUGAAACAUGACCAUUUGCCUUCUAUCCUGAUCCUCCGCUGAUACUGUUAUCCACCCACAGCCUUUGCCUGCAAGAUUAUAUUUCUGUCCUACAGCAGAGGGGGAUAACAUGAGAUUAACUGGUGAAAGAGCAACAACUAUAUCAGGUGUGGGGAACCCCUGGCCUUCCAAGUGUUGCUGAAAUACAAAUCCCAUCAGUCCAGCAAGGAUGGCCAAUGUUCAGCAGCACGUGGAGGCCAAAAGUUUCCCACACCUGGGCAGUGUCUUUGUUGGUGUUAAAAGCAAAAGUCCCAUAUUUGAUCAAGGAUUUAGCAAUCCUUAAUAUCUAACCAAUCUUUUAUACUUUAAGCCCAAAUCAUCCUUUCAUGUGAGCAAUAGUAUUUUUGUGGACAGGUGUUCCUUGCAUGGUUUUCCUCCACCUAGUUUCAACCUUUUCCAUUGCAAAUCAAUGUGUGCAGAAACUGGCCAAUAUAUCUACCCCUCUUUUUCAUAGGAAGGUGUUUCUCCUUAUGGAGCCAGAUAUGUGGGCUCCAUGGUGGCUGAUGUUCAUCGUACCCUGGUGUAUGGUGGGAUCUUUUUGUAUCCAGCUAACCAGAAGAGUCCAAAAGGAAAGGUAACUUUUUCUCAUCCCAUACUCGGUGUAUAAUUAUAUUGAAACAAUAAAAGAGUUUUGUGGCACCUCAAAGAAUAACACAUUUAUCAUGGCAUCAUGGCGUGAGCUUUUGUGGAUAAUAAUAGUAUGCUAUAAUAAUAUAUUAUAUAAUAAUAUAAUUUAUAUGCUGCCCACGUGACUGGGUUGCCCACAGAUCUCUCAGGAUCCCGAAGGGAUUAAGAAAAUAGGCAAAAUUAUAUAUUUGUGAGCCUAUUUCAUUUGAUCACAGAACACUUUCUCUGAGUCCUCAGCUUUAAAAAUAUGUCAGGGUUGGCAAUGCAGAUUCAACCACAAGUAUUUCUGCUCAGGAAAUCCUAUUGGCUUAUCUGCUGAAUGAUCGUAGGGUUUCCCUCUGGUGAAAAACAGAGCAAAUACGCAAUCUUAAACAUACUUGGACCGUACCUCUGAGUAAACAUACAUUUGAUUGUAUUGCAUUGUAUUGUUACUUGCAAGCCAAGUGACAUAAUAAGGGCUCAUGCAUCAUUUUUGGAGACCUAAUACAAAGUUGUAAUAUGGGCCCUUUCCAAUGCAUAUAUGGCAAUACCAUUCAUAGAAUCUCAUGUGUUAUGCAAUAAAGCUUUGUUUUUUAGUGCUACAAUCUUCUACAUUUCUGAAAUUACAACAUGAUGCCCACUGGGGCUUUUCUACCCAGCAUACUCUCCCAUUAUUAUUUUUUACAUCUGGUUUGGAGAAUAGUUCUAUAGAGCUUCCUGAGUACUUUGUAAUUUUAGAGUUGGCUUUAUCUUCAAGGGUUUUUUAAAAAUCUGAUGGAUCAAUGCAGCUGCAAACAUUUUAUAAAUAGACCAAAUCACUGUAAAUCUUUGUUUUUAUUAUAGACUUUUCCAUUGCAAAAUCAUUAAUUCUUUCCAAAAAGUAAACUUCUCUUUCAGAUAGCAUUUGAUGAAUAAAAUAGCUAGGUGGCUUAACUGUUUUUGCUGCAUAUGUGUGAACUAGUGAUUUACUCACAUAUUUUUUGUGCCUUUGAAUCCUACCAGUAGCAUUGUCUCACUGUGUCCCUGGGAUCAAUGUCUUUGAUUAAUGUCCACCCCUGGCUUCAGACAUCCCUUCCUCUUGUCUCUGUACAAAGAGUUCUGGGACUGGUAGUUCCUGAGAGAUCAUGUCACUGCUUAGGGAAGCCCAACUUGAUCUCUCUCAGACUAUUAGUAUGAUCUCUGUGUUCUUGAGAAAGGCCAUCAGCGCACUGUUUAGAAUACUGCUGGUUCUGCUCUAAUGCAGCUUCUGAUUGGCUCCAGUGAAUCUCACAAGAUCUGGAAAAUAGGCACUUUAAUACAGCACAUAAAUAUUUCUGUUAAUAUCCUUAAGUUGAAUAUCCAAUUUAGCAUCAAUUCACUUCUCCCUGGCAUUGUAAGAGGGUGGGCCCUGGUAAAGUUUGCCCUCCCCACCAAAUACUUUAGCCCUGCCAUGCAGUUCAUUAGUGAGCAAAAUACAAGGAAGAGGAGUUUGGAUUUGAGAUCCUGCUUUAUCACUACUCUAAAGAGUCUCAAAGCGGCUAACAUUCUCCUUCCCCUUCCUCCCCCACAACAAACACUCUGUGAGGUAAGUGGGGCUGAGAGACUUCAGAGAAGUGUGACUGGCCCAAGGUCACCCAGCAGCUGCAGGUGGAGGAGCAGGGGAGCGAACCCAGUUCACCAGAUUACGUGACUACCGCUCUUAACCACUACACCACACUGGCUCUCAUUUCUUUGCUGGAAAUUACUUUGCCUAAGCCUGAAAGAUUGCACCUCAGCCUGUAACCCCAGCCAGCCUGCUGUGUGUGUUCCACAACCACAGCAAAGCCCCAAUGAAUAAUAAUAAUUAUAAUAAUAAUAAUAAUAAUUUAUUAUUUAUACCCAGCCCAUCUGGCUGGGUUUCCCCAGCCACUCUGGGCGGCUUCCAAUCGAAUAUUAAAAACAAUACAGCAUCAGACAUUAAAAAUUUCCCUAAACAGUUGUCUUUUAAAAGUAAAAUAGGUAAAAGUAAAAUAGAUGUCAUCUGCUGGGAGGGCGUUCCACAGGGCAGGCGCCACUACCAAGAAGGCCCUCUGCCUGGUUCCCUGUAACCUCACUUCUCACAGUGAUGAAUUCAAUGGUUUUCUCAUUCCGAAAUAGUUGUUGGACUUGUUAGUUCCACUGAUUGAAUUUCAGUAGCAGAAUGCUCAGUACUAAGAAAUUUUAUAAGUUAGUUGUGGACUGAAUUAGGGUUAUACAAGAUUAGCGAUUCUGUAAGAAACAAUUGGUUAGUGCACAAAAUGUUUUGUUGGCCAGGAGGGAGAGGAAGGAUGCCAUGGUUGAACUGGCAGAGAAUGACUUGACCGGCUGUACUCUUGUACUAUGAAAUGCAGCCCGUAUUGUACAUUUCUGGGCACAGACGCAUGUUUGUGUCACAUGCCUUUAACCUCUGCAAACUGCUUUGUCAAAUAAUGCAGAGUACAAAGGGAAACAGUACAUGAUGGAACAUGGCCUUUUGCCCACCUAUUCCUGAAGAGAACACAAGCAGUUUCAGAUUCCUGGGCAGUUAAGAGAGCUGCAGGAGCCAUUGUUAAGUUAGCAACAAGAAGUUACAGUAGUUUGGAAGAGUCCGAGAAUGGAUAAAUAAGCUGGGAUGCCAGGGUAGAAUGUAUUCCAUAUGGAAAAAAAUAGCCUAAUAGUAUGUAAAUUCCACUCCGGUGGAGCUGGGAGCUUUAGAAAAAAGUCUCCAAUGGGAAUUUUUCCACCCUAAGGCUCCUAGCUAGUGGGAGAGGGGCCCUUAUCUAGUGACAAGAUAAGGGAAGUGAUUUCUCCAACAGAAAUAAAUGGGACUUAGAAGUACUUAACGUUGCCUGGAUUGUAGUAUUUUUAAAUAAUAAUAAUAAUAAUAAUAAUGAUACAGUGGUACCUCAGGUUACAUACGCUUCAGGUUACAGACUCCACUAACCCAGAAAUAGUGCUUCAGGUUAAGAAAUUUGCUUCAGGAUGAGAACAGAAAUCAUGCUCCGGCGACACGGCGGCAGCAGGAGGCCCCAUUAGCUAAAGUGGUGCUUCAGGUUAAGAACAGUUUCAGGUUAAGUACGGACCUCCGGAACAAAUUAAGUACUUAACCUGAGGUACCACUGUAUUGUAAUAUACAGAGUAUCUAUAAUUUGAAAAACUGUUUUAGUUGACAGUAAGAUCCCUGGUUGCUUUCUAAACUACCACCAACCACCUAAACUGAAUAAAGGAUUUUCUCUUCCGCCACAGCUCCGACUUCUUUAUGAGUGCAACCCCAUCGCUUUCAUCAUAGAGCAGGCUGGAGGAGUAGCUACCACCGGGACAGAAGCUGUGCUGGAUGUGAAGCCAGAGUCCAUUCACCAAAGAGUCCCUUUUGUUGUUGGUUCUCCGGAUGAUGUUCAAGAAUACCUGAGCUUCGUGCAGAAACACGCAAAGAGCACCUCGUGAUCUUCUUCUUUUCACUGCACACUGGGAAGAGGGUGAUGCUUAAGAGUGAAAAAAUUCCACCCUGCUGACAAGCAAUAGAAAAAGCCAUUUUUGUGUGUGUUUUUUUAAUAAAAUGGUUUAUUUUCUGCUAAUGCAAAAUAUGACACUCCUCGCCUCCGUUUCUGUGAUACACAAAUAAAAAUGCAGCCUGCAGAAUGGCGAUUAGUGAA